AUGAUUCCCUAUCCUCCAAUAAUUUAACAAACUCUUAGGUCAGCAAAUCAAAGUAGUGGAUUCAAAGAGUCUGAAGAUAAAUUUUAACAUUCCACACCUAAAUAUGUUCUUAAAGUUCCAAUCCCUUCAUUACCAACAUUGCAAUAACAAAAUUAAUCUGAUAAAAAAAGUAAAUCAGGACUUAAGGAGAAUAAUUUUAGUGCAAUUACAUUUGAUUAGAAGUAUUAAUUGACAAUUCAAAAAGAAAAUGGAAUCCAGAUAGCCAAGGUUCUGAUAAUAAGUGUGUAUUGUCUUAAUCAGCUAAGAAAGUUAAUACAGAAAAUGAUGAUGGAUCAAGUAUUGUUGAAAAGUCUUUUACAGAAGCAGCAUAAAAGAUAUUGAAAAUUAAAAAUCUUGAAUUAGAAAAUAAAAUUUCAUUACUUGUUAUUGAAAAUGAACGUCUCACUACAUUUCUUAAUGAUUAAUUUUAAGAAAAUGAAAAAUUAACUAAUGAUGUAUAAAAUUAUUAAGCAAAUCUUUAAGAUUUAUCAAAAAACUAUGAAGAUAAAUUAAAUAUAGUUUUAUUAGAAAAUGAAAAAAUUGUAGCAAUUAAUCAAACUUUGACUAUGAAAAAUGAAUAGAUGUAAAAUCAAAUUAAAAGAUUAUUAAAUGAAAAAGAUGAUGAAAUUAACAAAACUAAAAAAGAAUGGGCAGGCAAAUACUAAUAAUAAAUUAAUUAAAUUGAUGAAAUGAGAAAAAGUGAAAUUAAUUAAGUAGAUAAUAGAAUUGAAAUCUUACAAUACGAAAAAUCUGAAUUACAAGCCUUAAUAUAAGAGUAAUAAAGAAAAUUAAUGGAAUUUCAAAUGGAAAUUUAAGUUAAAGAUCACUCUUUAGUUGAUUUGGAAAAUAUUAAGGUUGAUUUAGCAUCUAAAAUUCAUAAAAUUGAAAUGAUGAGUCAAACCAUAUUGGCCUAAGAAAAAAGAAUAAAUGAUUUAGAAUCUAGAUUAGAUAUUAUGGUAGCAGAUAAUAAGUAAUUACAUGAUGUUAAUGAAUAAUUAAAUUAAACAUAAAGAAUACUUUAAGGAACUAUGGAAGAUAGAUAAAUUGAGUUUGAUAGGGAAUCUCAUAAACAAAAAGAUUUUUAUGAGUUGGAAUUAAAAUCUUUGAGUAGCAAAAAUAAAUAGUAAAUAGAAGAGAUUAAGCUGUAACACUAAGAAUAAUUGCAGAGUUAGAGAGUUUAGAUUGAAAAUGAAUUAAUUAAGGAAUUAGAGUAAUAUAAAAUGGAAUUGGAGACUAAGUAGAAUGAAUUGAAUAAUAAUUUAUUAAUUUGGUAGGAGAAGGAGAGGAAUAUCAAAUAGGAAAAUAAAAAAGAAAUAGAAAUAAAAGAUUAAAUGAUAACUACAUUAAAAUUUUAAAAUUAGAGUUUAUAAGAUUAAAUGAAUCAAUUAUAAACAUUAAUUAAUAAGUAUGAUAUUGAUAUAUAUAAGAAUGUAAGAAGAUUUUGAUAGUCAAUAUAGUUCGAAGGAGACAGAAUGUGUAAAGAUGGCUAAAAACAUUCAUGUGAAAGAAUAGGCAUUGAAAUAGAUGAGUUUAAGAUUGGAUGAGAUUUGUAAGUAAUUGAAGAUUUUGGAAGAAUAAAGAGAUGAAUAAAGUAAGGAGAUGAAGAAUAAGAAUGAUAAAGUUAGAGAUCUUGAAAUGAAAAUAGAUAUUGUUGUUAAAGAUAAUGAUAGUUUAGAAAAUUAGGUGAGAAAUACUUAAACUUAAGUAAAUAUUGUAAAUAGAUUUAGUUAAAAUUAUUGGAAUAGAGAUAUGCAAAUUUAGAAUAAUCAAGUGAAUAGAAGAUAGAAGAUAUGAAGAUACAAUAUGAAUUAGAAGUGUAAGCAUAAAUAGAGUAAUGUAUUACUUAGUAUUAAUAAACAAUAAAAUAUGAGUAAGAUCAUUCUGAAUAAUUAUUGAAGAAUUUAAAGAAAUAGUAAGAGAAGGCUAAACAUUUUGAAUUGUUAAGUUAAUAAUAAUUAAAUGAUAUGGAAAAAUUAAAUAAAAGAAUAGAAGAGUUGAUUGAUGUAUGUGAAUAGAAUGCAUCAAAAAUGAUGAUAUUAGAAAAUCUUCUUAAAGAAAGAGAUAAUGAAUAUGAUGUUUUAAAUCAAAAAUUAUUCUCAAUUACAGAAAACUAUGAAUUGUAAAUAAUAAAAUAAUUUUAAGGUAAAUUGAUGUAUUGAAGAGAUAAAUGUAUGAUAUGGGUAUUCAAAAUGAAGAAUUGGCAAAUAAUUUUAAUUAAAAACAAGAAGAAUAUAUAAGUAAAUGUGAUUAAUUAAAUUUAGAGUAUGAUGAAUAAAAGAAGAAAAUAAUGAAUGAUUUGGCAGAUGUAACCAAAUAAAGGAUUGAUUAAGACUAAUUACUAAAGAAGAUGAGAAUAUAAGUUUAAAGUUUAGAUGAAGAAAAUAGAAAAAACUCUGAAGAUUCUCAUAAAUUUAAGAAUUAGGUUUAUUAAUUACAAUAAGAAAUUGAAGAGAUUACUCAAAGUUUACAAUUAAAUUUUGCUGAAAAAGAACAGGAAUUAUAGAAUAAAUAUGAAAAUACCAUAAUUGAUUUAACUUAAUAGUUGAAUAAUUUAACAUUUAAAUAUAAUGAUUUAGUUAGAAAAGAGAAAGACAAUAGAUUUAGAUUGAAAUUGUUGAAAAGCAAUCCUUAAAUGAAAUUUCCAUCAGAAAUGGAAGAUGAAAAUUGUUAUGAGACAAUGAAGAGAAAGAUGGAAGAUUAAUCUUAAUAUCUACAAAGAUUGAUUUUGGAAAAUGAUGAAUUAAAACAACAAUAAUAUUCACAUAUUAGUAAAGGCCCAUAAAAUGAGUAAAUAAAAUAGAAAUCUUAAAGAUAAAGCAUGAAUAUGAUAAAAGAUUACACUACUUAAGAUACAGAACGAACAUUACAUCAAAAUGAAUAUAAGAAAUCUAUGAAUCCUUUUAAAUAGCAGCCAGUAAAAGUUGUUUCAGUAUUUAUUAUUAUUAUUAUUAAGGUUAUGAAUAAUUCUCAGAAUAUUCUUGAAUAAAGAUAUAGUAGCAAUAGGCCAAUAGAGAGAGAUGUUUAUCUAGGCUAAACAUAAAAUACAAGGACCGAACCUCAUUUGUAUAGGAAAUAAUCAUUAUAGCGAUUUUGA